ACCGCCUCUCCACCGUCCCUCCGCCCCUGCGCGCAGGCAGCCUGUCCGCCAGGAUGGGACCAGCAGCCGCCUGAUAUCCAUGCAUGCAUGACCGCUAGUCCACUUCCUGGAUGGAAGAAUGGGACAAUUCCUGCAGCAGUUUUUCUUCACAUUGUGCGUCGCAGGCUCCCAGUCACGGAUAAACGCCGAGUGAUCGCUACUUCAAAUCGAUAUUAUCGGAUCCCCCCCCCCCCCUCUCGUGUGUAGUUAAAGACAGCCAUUGAUCGCCGCCUGACCCCCUUCCACUCUCCGGGAAUGUGGCUCCGCGGAAGCCCGUCGUGGAGUCAGAAGAGCCCUGCUUGGAAGUGUUUGCACACAGCCGUGGCGUGUUCUUAUUUCUCAAAGCCCAAGGAGCACCAGCUUGGACCGACGCGGACUAUUUUCUAAGAAAGGGGGGAAUAAGAUACAAUACAAAUUCUUUUUGAUGCUUGCGUGGCCGCGGCGUCAACUUCAAUUUUUGGGGGAAAGGCUUCUCUCGCACGCGUGGGAUUCUCUCUCUCCCCCUUCUCUUUUCGUUUAACAAGCUAAAAGACUGGGAAAAAAAUCAAACAAACAAAAAACAGCCAUAAACUUUGUCACCCAUCGCCUCCUCAUUGCUCUCCAUGAGUAGUCUAACAUGCAGAGGAGACGGGAACCGAACUGCUGGUGGAUUUUAUCCGUAAUGCUUCUUCUAACCUUGCCCGAACACGGCGACUGUCAUCCUGUUGCAUCAGAUGGCCAGCCUCACCAUGCUGGAGCAAAGCAUCAUGGGAGCGCAGGUCUAAUAAGGGACAGGAGGGCAACUGGGGACUCCUACUGGUCUUACUCAGGAAGCCAUGGGCCACGAGGUUGGUCAACCCUAUACCCUGAAUGUGCUGCAAAGAACCAAUCGCCCGUGGACAUCGCGGAUGAACAUGCUCUGGUUUCUGACGAAUACCAGGAGCUGGAGUUUGACAGAUUUAACACCGAGUCCUCCAACCAGACCACAAUGAAAAACACUGGAAAAACAGUUGCUGUUCUCCUGAAGGAUGACUACUUUGUGCGAGGUGCUGGGCUACCAGGCCGCUUUAAGGCCGAGAAGAUGGAGUUCCACUGGGGCCAGAGUAAUGCAUCAGCCGGUUCCGAGCACAGCAUCAACGGCAGACGCUUUCCCGUCGAGAUGCAGAUCUACCUUUACAAUUCCGAUGACUUUGACAGCCUCGGCGCGGCCAUCAAGGAGAGACGCAUCAUUGCCGCCAUGUCGGUCUUUUUUGAGCUCGGGCAAAAAGAUAACCCAGCUGUAGAGCCUAUCAUCCAGGGCCUGAAAGGAGUAGUACAUCAUGAAAAGGAGACCAACCUCAGGUCGUUCAUCCUGAGGGACCUGCUGCCAUCGUCUGUGGAUAGCUAUUACCGAUAUACCGGCUCUCUGACCAUGCCCCCCUGCAGCAAGGUAGUGGAGUGGAUCAUCUUCUCCCGGCCCGUAUAUCUGUCCCACUCGCAGCUGGAGGCCUUCUACUCCAUAUUUACGACUGAGCAACAGGACCACGUCAAAUCUGUGGAGUAUCUGAGGAACAACUUCCGUCCCCUGCAGGACCUUGAUAACAGGAAAGUGUUCAAGUCUGCAGUGAGGGAUGCCUGGCAGAAAGAUUUGACUGACAUUCACGGGAGCAGUCAUAGCACUGAGGCGUCGAGAGUGUGCAGCAGCGCCCCAGUGAGCAUGAAGAUCCAACCGCUGAACCAGACGGCCCUGAUGGUGAGCUGGGAACGCCCCCUGACCGUGUACCACCCACCCAUCACUAGCUACAUGGUGUCCUACAGCUGGGUGAAGCGCGAUGUCGCUGAUGAAGAGACCUUCACCAAGACGGGAGAUCAAAGCAUGAAAGCAGUUAUCACUAAUGUGUCCCCAGAUGUCUUGUACCUAUUCCGGGUACAGGCGGUAUGUCAACAUGACCUGCGCAGCGACUUCAGCCAAACGUUACUCUUCAGAGCGAACACCACAAGAAUAUUUGAAGGUUCCCGCAUCGUGAAGACCGGUAUGCCGACAGUAUCUCCAGUGUCAUCAGCUGACAUGGCUCCCAUCAGCUCCGGUUCCUCAACGUGGACAUCGUCUGGCAUCCACUUCUCCAUUGUCUCCAUGGCAACAGGGCUGGGCCCUUCCUCCAGUGGCAGUCAAGCCACGGUAGCAUCGGUGGUUACGAGCACCUUCCUGGCAGGCUUGGGUGUCAGCGGUGGGGUCAUCUCUUCUUUGCCCAGUUCUGUUUGGCCAACGCAGAUACCAAAAGCCACUCAGAGCCCACCUCACUCAUCCACCCCAGCCGCAAAGCCCAGCACGGAGCAAGUGGUGCCCCAGGUCGCCGAGACCGACUCUCCCCCUGAGGAAAAGCAGGCUACGUCCAAGGGUGAGGAAGAGGAAGACGAGGAAGGGGACGGAGAGGGAGAGCAAGAGGACAGAGGUGCGGAGAAGAAGAAAAAGAACAAGACGACACCCACCUAUGAGAAAACGCAAGGCAACAGCACGGCGGCCAAAGAGACCGUCCUCCCCACCCCUGCGUCCACAGCCAAAGAGAAGGCCACAGCUCAAGGCAGCACAGCGCCUGCGAGCACGGUGGUCAGCCACCUGACCCCCCCACAGGAAAACCUCACAAACAUCAACGCAGUAACCACUCAGGAGCCGCGAAAUGACAGCGCCGAGAUGCAGAUUCCGCAGAGCUCCACUCUCUCACCAAAGAUCAGCAGUGAUGGGAAGCGUCUUUGGCCGUUCUCCAUCCACACCGAGAGGACCACCUUGUCCAACGUGACCCGAACGCCUCACCCCGGCAUGGGCAGGAUGGUGUGGAUUGUCCCUUUGGUAGUCGUGUCUGCUCUGACCCUCCUCUGCCUCAUCAUGCUGCUCAUCGUGAUGGUCUACUGGAGGAGGUUUUUCCAGACAGCUCACUUCUAUGUGGAGGAAAGCAGCUCUCCUCGGGUGGUGGCCAAUGAGAGCAUCCCCUUCAUCCCAAUACCAGAUGACAUGGAGGCCAUUCCUGUCAAGCAGUUUGUCAAACACAUCAUGGAGCUCUACAAAAACAACCUGCAAGGUUUCUCUGAGGAGUUUGAGGAGGUCCAGCGUUCCACGGCCGACUUGAAAAUCACUGCGGAACACUCCAAUCAUCCUGACAACAAGCACAAAAACAGAUACAUCAACAUUGUGGCUUAUGACCAUAGCCGGGUGAAAUUACGAGCAUUGGCCGGGAAAGACGCCAAACAUUCCGAUUACAUCAACGCCAACUACGUGGACGGCUAUAACCGGCCCAGAGCAUACAUCGCUGCCCAGGGUCCACUUAAGUCCACCUUUGAAGACUUCUGGAGGAUGGUGUGGGAGCAGAACACCGGAAUCAUUGUCAUGAUCACAAACCUCGUGGAGAAAGGACGGAGGAAAUGUGACCAGUACUGGCCAACAGAGAACAGCGAGCAGUACGGAAACAUCAUUGUGACGCUGAAAAGCACCAAAGUGCACGCCUGCUACACUUUGCGCCGAUUUCUCAUACGGAACACAAAAGUCAAAAAGGGUCAGAAGGGGAACCCAAAGGGGAAGCUCAACGAGCGUAUCGUUAUCCAAUACCACUACACUCAGUGGCCUGACAUGGGCGUGCCAGAGUACACCCUCCCCGUCCUCACCUUCAUCAACCGCUCAUCAGCGGCCCGCACUGCAGACAUGGGCCCGGUCCUGGUGCACUGCAGUGCAGGGGUUGGCCGCACAGGAACGUACAUUGUCAUUGACAGCAUGCUGCAACAAAUCAAGGACAAAAGCACAGUCAGCAUCCUGGACUUUCUUAAACAUAUCCGCACACAGCGCAACUACCUGGUCCAGACUGAGGAGCAGUACGUGUUCAUUCACGAUGCUCUGAUGGAGGCCAUUUUCAGCCGAGAGACAGAGGUGCCCGCCUGGCAGCUGCACGGCUACGUCAACAGCAUCCUCACACCAAAUUCGGUCAGCCGCACCCGUCUGGAGAAGCAGUUCAGGCUGCUGACUCAAUGCAACACUCGAUUUGUGGAGUGUUUCAGUGCUCACAAAGACUGCAACAAGGAAAAGAACCGCAACUCCUCCGUGGUUCCAUCCGAGCGAGCGAGGGUGGGUCUCACCACUUUGCCUGGCAUGAAAGGCACCGAUUAUAUUAAUGCGUCCUACAUAAUGGGUUACUACAGGAGUAACGAGUUCAUCAUUACCCAGCAUCCUUUGCCCCACACCACCACUGAUUUUUGGAGGAUGAUUUGGGACCAUAAUGCACAAAUUAUUGUCAUGUUGCCUGACAACCAGGGCUUGGCUGAGGAUGAGUUUGUUUACUGGCCGAGUCGCGAAGAGGCCAUGAACUGCAUCGCCUUCACCGUCACGCUCAUAAGUAAGGACAGACUGUGCCUCUCCAACGAGGAGCAGAUUAUCAUCCACGACUUCAUCCUGGAAGCCACGCAGGACGACUACGUUCUGGAGGUGAGACACUUCCAGUGCCCCAAGUGGCCCAAUCCCGACGCUCCUCUCAGCAGCGCCUUUGAGCUCAUCAGGGUCAUCAAGGAGGAGGCCAUGACUCGAGAUGGCCCCACAAUUGUGCACGAUGAGUACGGCGCGGUGUCAGCGGGGACACUGUGCGCUCUCACCACGCUGUCGCAGCAGUUGGAGAACGAAGGCGUCGUCGACAUCUAUCAGGUGGCCAAGAUGAUCAAUCUCAUGAGGCCGGGAGUCUUUACAGAUAUUGAUCAGUACCAGUACCUUUACAAAGCCAUGCUGAGCCUGGCGGCUAGCGGAGAAUGCGGCCCCAUGCACACGGACAUUAACGGGGUGGCGGUAAUGGCGGACCAGUGCGACCCUGCCGAGAGCAUGGAGUCGCUCGUUUGAGGAGCAGCGUCCAGGCACUUCAUUUCUACAAGAACUUCUUCUCCUUCUCCCCCCCUGAGAGGCCUUUUUUGCCAGACUAUUGAUUAAAUAAUUGAAAAAAAAACUUACUAUUACUUUUUAUACUGACAAACAUUUUGGGAUAUUUAUUGUUUUUGCCCCCCUCCCCUCACUUUUUUUUUUUUUUUUAAUCAUUUCUCAUCCUCAAAUCCCGCUGAGUUUGUAUCCCGUUAACGUAUGGAAGAAAUGAGAGAGAGAGAAAAAACAAGCAGCUCUUGUCCACUUUGCACUCAACUAUCAGUGUUACUGCCCAACUUUACCCAAGGACGUCGCACGUUCAACUCGGACCCGAGCGCACCGCUGAAAUGUCAAAGCGACGAAGGAGGACAUCCCGACGUCCAUUUUGGAACCUGUGUGUCAUCAAACUUUGAGACCGCAGGUCACAUGACUCUUCGUGUGCCGACACUUCCCCAUCCACAUCAAUAGCUCUCGUAAACUAAACAAAAUGGCUUCUUUUGCUCGUCAUGGCAUCCAAUGUGAACAUUUAUUGCUUUUUACAGGGAUUUAUAUUGUUAUACUGUUUUGUAAUAUAUAUCUCUAUAUAUUAUAUCCUUAAUAGCCAAUCACUCUUUGCCUAUUUGUGGACUGGCUGUUUUAGUGCUGUGGGUUUGGAUCAUGUUCACACAGCUUUGCCAAAUGUUAUUAUUGUGAAACAUUUCAACAAAGGGACGCUGAUCAGCCAAAAACUAACAAAAAAAAAGUAAAAAAAAAUAAGUUUCAAUUGUCAAAGUGCAGAUACAUUUCCUCGACUAUAUGCAGAUUAAUAUACAAAAUAAAAGGUUGUUAAGAAAUGCAUGAGGAUUGUGAAGCUGUUGUACUUUUUACUGGUUUGAGGUUGGCGCUCAGAUUUUGUUUUGUUUUUGUUUUUUAAUCUACUUCCCUGUGAAUUGUGUUUUGUCUCCAGUGGAAAUAAAACGUUUUUUUGCCACUUGAGUCAACAGGUAACCUCAGCAGUUGCUAAAGGACCUCUACUGUCUCACAACCCUUUUAGAAUGAUGAAGACAUUCAGCACUCUUUCUAUCCAUCACCUUUCUCUGCUUGUUUUUUUAUUUUAGUUGCACAUCGAUUGAAUGUCUUAAUGGAUGAGUUAUGUUAAUGAUUUUUCGCUUUGGCACUUUUUUGGUUCUGUCGAUCACUAUUGUUGGUUUACCUUGUCUACUGUGACUCAGCCUUCUUAAAUAUAUGAAACAUUAAAUGGCCCACACUUUAGCUGCUUUCUGGCUUUUUUCAUUUGAACCAAAAGACCACUUUUUAUGGUUGUUUCUUUGGACCAGACAUGUUCUUUUCGUAAUGGUAAUAUUCCAAAUGUUCCUUUCUUUUUUUUUUUUGUAGGAUUAUGAAGUAAAACCUUUGAAAUUUGUUCAGUACAGAUCAAAUUUAACUGAGCAACAAUUACUCUUCACAUUCCUCAUUCUAACUGCAUUUCUUUAUUUAUAUUUUAUUGACCUGUUUGCUAAAGGAGAUCAUAUUUUAAAGUAAUUCAAUAGACGUAAAACACACAAAGAUUGCUGUAACCUCUGUCAUAUAUACAUGGUAAUUUCUUUUCUAAAAAAAAAAAAAAAAUACAUCAGGGGUCGCAUGUGAACAGUCUUUCUCAACUAAAGAAUAUUAAGACAAACCUAAGCCAUCAGCAAAGCCAUGCAGCACCAAAAAAAUGCAGUAACGGUAAGUAGUUCUUGUUCAUCAGUGUUUAGCAAUAGCAUAACAUUAUUAAAAAGAAUUAAGAGGCA